AACCCAUCAUACCAACUAUAAAUCCAUCCCCACCAAUCUCCAUCUCCAUCUCCAUCUCCAUCCCCAUCCCAAGCUUCAUAUCAGCCAUGACCCCUGUUAUAAUCUUCGGCCCCACCGGCUCUGUCGGCUCCGCCACCGCGCUUACCGCCCACACCCAAGGAUGCAAAGUAUACCUCGCCCUGCGCGACACCACCAAACCCAUCCCCGGCCUCACAACAGCCCAAGAACAGUCGGGAAACUUCACCCGUAUCCAAACCGACUUCUCCAACCCCACCAGCAUCACCACCGCCGUGGCCCAAAGCAAAGCCAAACACGCUUUCAUCUACACGGAUCUCACCUCCCCAGACCACAUGCGCGGGACUUUCACCGCUCUCAAAGAAGCAGGGGUGGAGUUUGUUGUGUUGUUGAGUAGUUUUGGAGUUCAGGGUGAUAUUCACCAUGUGGCGUCUGAGGAUGUGAUUGCGUAUGUGCAUGCGCAAGCGGAGAUCUCCCUGCGGGAGGUAUUCGAGGAUGAUGGGUAUGUUGCUGUCCGGCCGGGGUUUUAUGCGAGUAAUUCGCUUUGGUGGAGAAAUUCUAUCCAGAAUGGGAAUGGGGUGAGGGUUGCCUGGGCGGAGGGGGUAUUUGAUUGGAUUUCGCCGGGGGAUGUAGGGUGUGUAUCUGGGAUGAUAUUAGCGCGGAGGGCUAGGGGUGUCGAGACGGGGGUGGAAGAGGGGAAGUCGUUUGUGUAUCUGGUUGGACCGGAGCAGAUGAGUGUGAGGGAGGUUAUUGAGACGGUUGGAUCUGUGCUUGGGAGGGAGGUUAGUGUGAUUGAGGUGGGUGAGGAGGAAGGGGUGGAGAGUUUGGUGCGGGAGUCGGGACUGCAUGAGGGGAUUGCGAGGUCUGUGGUGGGGUUUUGUAGGGGGGCGGUGGUGGAGGGGAGGUCGUUUAUUGAGAGUCCGGUUUAUGGGGGUGCGGUGGGGAAUAUUGAGAGGUUUUUGGGGAGGGAGGCGAUGGGGUUUAGGGAGUGGGUGGAAGUUAAUCGGGGGAAGUUUGGUGUUUAG